UAAAAACUCUUCACAAUGAAGUUUAUUAUAAAAAGUAUUAGUAAAAAUUCCGGACGCCUUGGUCAGUUGCGGAUUAAGGACAGCAAGGAGUUACAAACGCCGCUACUGCUGCAAACAACAAAAGGCGGCAGCAUUCCAUACUUAAGCGCCGAUGUUUUCGGAAUGGUCACCCAGGAGCAACAAGUGCUGCAGUUGACAUUAUGCACCAUGGAUCAAAUGGCCGAGUCUUUGGCACAGUGGAACCGCAGCCUGGGCGCCUAUGUAGGCUAUCCGGAGUGCAAUACAGUGUUGCUGUUGCGCGAUCCAUGCGAAGCCACACCAACGGGUGGCAAUGAUCGGGAUGUGGUUCCACUUUUCACACGACGAGGCAAGGAGUCUUUAACCGCGGAACGUUAUUUGCAACUGGUGUCCAGUUUUGCGCCGGAUGUGUAUCAGGGCUUGUGCGAUGCCGACACUAAUCAAGAUAGCACCAAGAAGCGGGUACAAAAAUCGGUGGAUCGAACCGAACGUUUUAUGGAACACUGCUACAAGCAGCACAGAGAGCUUGAUAGAUUGAAAGACUCGACGCUUCUUGCGCCAAUUGUGGGCGGCUACAACACAUAUGCCCGCACACAGUCCAUUAAGCAUGCACGCGAACAGCCAAAGGGAAGCUACGGUGGCUACAUAUUUGAGGGAUUCCACACCAAUGGCUUACCUGCUACGAGUCUGAGCCCAUCACAACUGCUGCCCAUUGUUGAGCAUUGUGUGCAACAGAUUGAGGAGGAGUUGCCACGCCUGAUGCCAGGUCCUUUAACACCUGUGCUAAUGUUGGAGCUAAUACGCCUGGGCAUCGAUAUAUUUGAUACCUCCUACGCUUACUGCGCAGCCGUCAAUUAUAAGGCGCUGACUUUUAGUUACACUAUUGAUAAGGAGGAGCAUUCUGUAUUUCUAGAUGUUACGGAUGAGGCGAUUAGGGAGGAGUUUAAGCCUAUGCUAGAAGGUUGCAAAUGCUUGGCGUGCCAGAAACAUACGCGCGCCUACGUGCAUCAUCUAUACAAGACGAAUGAGCUGCUGGGUCCGAUUCUGCUAAUGAUCCACAAUUUGCAUCAUUACAUGGGCUUCUUCGAUGUGAUACGCCAGAGCAUAGCAAUGGAUCAAUUGCCAUUACUUCUGGAUUAUGUGAGACGCCAAAAUAUGCCAAACGAUGUCAACUAUUGCAUUGAACCCAAUACCAAAGUAGCGGGUAAGGCAGCCAUGGGCAAAGGAGUUAUCACAGCAGCCAAUUAGCUGUCUUACAUGAUUAAAGGCAUA